AUGUCCGAAUUUCGUGUUUAUCAUUGGGAUGAAUCUGUUGAUGCUGAAAGCCGAGGGAUGCAGUUGUACAAUUACAAGUUCAGUCCUGGGACUAAUUUUCCAGUGCACACUCAUCAGGAGAAUAAAAUGGAUUGUAUAGUUAGUGGUCAACUGUCGUUCACUAUGUUUGGCAAAGAGAUUAUAUUAGGUCCGGGUGAUCGUUUGGAGGUUCCUCGCAAUGUACCACAUUCUGCUCAUGUUGUGGGCAAAAACCAGUCGUAUUUGUUGAUGCCACCCUAUCAUCUUGAGUGUUCUUAUCAGGACUAUUCUAUUUAA